CCCGGGCGGCGCCGGGGCGGUGUUCAGCCCCGCGGGCUGGCGCGGCGGGAGCACCACCGGCUGCGCGAUGGGUGCCGAGGCCUCGGGGAGCGGGCCGGCGCUGCGGGAGCUCCUGCGCGAGGCCGAGAUCAGUCUGCUCGAGUGCAAGGUGUGCUUUGAGAGGUUCGGCCAUCGCCAGCAGCGGCGCCCGCGCAACCUGCCCUGCGGCCACGUGGUCUGCCUGGCCUGCGUGGCCGCCCUGGCGCACCCGCGGACGCUGGCACUCGAGUGCCCCUUCUGCCGGCGAGCCUGCCGGGGCUGCGACACGAGCGACUGCCUGCCGGUGCUGCACCUGCUGGAGCUCCUGGGCUCCGCCCUCCGCCCCGCCCAGGCCGCCCACCGCGGCGCCCCCGGCGGCCCUGGGCCGCUCACCUGCCACCUCGCCUUCGGCGGCUGGGGGACCCUGGUGAACCCCACGGGGCUGGCGCUGUGUCCCAAGACGGGGCGGGUCGUGGUGGUGCACGACGGCAAGCGGCGGGUCAAGAUCUUUGAUUCCGGGGGAGGAUGCGCGCACCAGUUUGGAGAGAAGGGGGACGCCGCCCAGGACAUUAAGUACCCCCUCGAUGUCACCGUCACCAACGACUGCCACGUGGUUGUCACCGAUGCCGGCGACCGCUCUAUCAAAGUGUUCGAUUUUUUUGGCCAGAUCAGGCUCGUCGUCGGAGGCCAGUUCUCCUUGCCUUGGGGCGUGGAGACCACCCCUCAGAAUGGGGUCGUGGUAACUGACGCGGAGGCAGGGUCCCUGCACCUCCUGGAGGUGGACUUUCCAGAAGGGGUCCUCCGGCGAACCGAGAGGUUGCAAGCGCAUCUGUGCGGUCCCCGAGGGGUGGCGGUGUCCUGGCUCACAGGGGCCAUUGCGGUCCUAGAGCGCCCCCUGGCGCUGGGGGCCGGGACCUGCGGCACCACGGUGAAGGUGUUCAGCGCCACCAUGCAGCUCAUUGGCCGGGUGGACACCUUCGGGCUGAGCCUCUUCUUCCCCUCGGAAAUCACGGCCUCCGCUGUGACCUUCGAUCACCAGGGGAACGUGAUCGUCGCCGAUACGUCCAGUCACGCUGUCCUAUGCUUAGGAAAACCCGAGGAGUUUCCCGGACCGAAGCCCGUCAUCACCCACGGGCUUUCCCAUCCUGUGGCACUGACCUUCACCAAGGAGAAUUCUCUUCUUGUGCUGGACAGUGCAGCCCAUUCUGUGAAAGUCUAUAAGGUUGACUGGGGAUGAUGGGCGUGGUGAGGAUUCUGGGGCUUGGAACCAGAAGCCCUGGAGCGGCCACUCAUGAAUUGUUUAGCCCUGGAUGCAUUAUUUAGUCUCAUCUAUCCAAUAGGGAUCAUUAUCACUGCCUGGCAGACUUACAGAGGGUGAGGCAAUUAUUAAAGAAUAUUAAUGAAAUCUACCGUUUAUUGGAUAUGUACUUCAUGUGCUAAGAAUAGUUUUUAAGAUAUUAGCUCAUUUGAUCCUUAACAGCUACCCAGUAAGGUAAUUUAUAUUAUGAAUCCCGGUUUAGAGAUGAGAAAACUGAGACCCAGGGAGCUGAAGCGACUUGCCCAAAGUCACACUUACUUACUGUGACAAUCACCAUUGGAACGCAAUUCUGACCCCCAAACACUUUCCCUUAAAUGAUAUAACAUGUGUGGGGAAAA